AUGAGAAUAAUCGGCACAAUCGAGAGUCUGCUGCUCAUCUCCGACUGGCACCCUCGAGCCAUUCAUUUCCCUCCGGAUACAGAGGGCUGGGAUGCUAUGCUGAUCGAUCUGGAUUACGACCGAGAGAACCGGAGACGAACUAACGAUGAGGAACCCCUCCUCCGUUGGCGCAAGGAUGUUUUUGAGCCUGCGAAAAGAGCGAGCAGGAUGUCGUGGAUGCUCCUGGGCCUUGCGACGAAUCUUGCCUACGAGCUUGGAAUAUUAUCAAGCGGUCAACGCGCAGACUAUACGGCGUCAAAGGUUGCAGAUUGUCGCAAGUUUCGAGCUCGAAAGCUGCUUUAUGCCUACAUGACUCAAACCGCAACGAGACUUGGGUAUAGCUCCGUCUUCCCCGAGAGUGUGUCCAUUGCAGCCUCGAGAUCUUCGAUGAAAGACAUGGACCAUUCUUCACAGGCCUCAUGGGCAUCGUACAUGGAUAUCUACCUUGAGUUCACCCGUCUCUCAAAAGUAGCUUCGUCAAUGUUCUUCCAAUCUGUGGAACAUUUGGAAGGCUUACUUCAGAGCGAUGGCUACCCAGAUCUGUUGGAUCAUUUCCUGAGCUCUCUUAGCAACUGGAAGGUCUCAUUUGAUGCAGACUGCAAAGCUGGGCUGUUAAGAACAUCACUAUCUAUCGAGUACUACCACAUUAGAGCUUGCAUAGGUGCCAUAUCAAUACAGGCAGUCGUACGAAGAGCUGCGACAGCCAGAGCACAUGGAAUUGAGAAGGACAGUCUAGCCGGCUAUAUGACGGCCCAGGAUGCUAGAUUUCUGCAAGAGGUUGUGUCGGAUAGCAGUGAAGUGCUACGCAUUGCCACUCGGACAUCUUUUCAGUCACAUCUUGCAUAUGCGCCAGCAAGUGUCAGGAUCAGCGUGAUAUCUGCAUCCGUCUUCUUGUUAAAGGCCCUCAGUCUCGGAUCACCUGCGACAGAUGCUCCUUCAGCCCUACGGACGUUAGAUCGAUGUGUGACCGCGUUGGGAAGGUACCCGCCCGACGACAUGGAUUUUGCACUGAGAUACGCCCAUCUCAUUGAGCAACAUACCAAAUUCCUGAAGUCAAAUCUCUUCGUUGUAUCUGUACCCCAGAGAGCGCUCAACGAUACCCAAGACAGCCUGAGUGGAUUUGGACUCACGCUGCCAACUCUUCCGCCUGAUCAAAGUACCAACGAUGGCGUGUCUACGGAUCAGAACGGGAUCUGGCGGGCUCUGCAAUUUGACUCCAGCAUUGCUCCUUUCAGUGACAACACAGAUCAGCUUUACCAGGGGUUCGACAUCGACUCACUCAACUUUCUAUGGAACCUCCCAGAUAUCAGUUAG